AUGUGUCCAAAUUCAGCCUCCUUAAAAAAGAAAUCCAAAGAUAUCUUUAGUGAUAUCAAUACAAAUGAUUAUUUACUCAAUUCUUCUAGAAAAAGUUAUGUAACAACCAUACAUUUGUAAAUACAAAUAAGUCAUCAACCUAAGUCAUUUAUUUUGUCAGCCAAAACAAAAAGAAGGAAAAAAUCAUCGAAUAAUAUGAAUCUCAGCAAAUAGAGUUCAAGAAAUUUGGGCCAAUUUACUAAAGUAUAAGAAAUCUAAAAUUCAAUAUAUUGCGAAAAUCUGAAAUUGUCUCCAAAUCAUACAGAAACCAUGAAUCAUAACUUAGUGGAACAUAGUGAACAAUAUAAAUUCAUUCAUGAUGGAUUUGGAUAGUAAUCGUGUACUAAUCAUAAAGUCAGACUUAUGGUUAAUUUGAUAUAAAUCAAUGAUGUCUUAAAUGAGAAACAAGAUUAUUAAAUCUAUUGUAUUAACGAAUUAAGUCCUUUGCUAUUGUAAUAUACAGUUAAGAAAUUAGAAUAAGCCAAGAAAACCAUAAUGAGAUCUUUGUCUCAUGAAUUAAGAACCAGUCUAAACGCAGUGAAUGGUUACAUUAGUGAAGCUUACGAGAGAAUAGAUAAUAUUUAGCAACUCAACAAAAACUUAGAAUUAUCUUUGAAAUAUAUUACUUUAAUGUAGCUAAAACUAUAAGAUUUUUUUGAUUACAGAGAUAUUUUGGAAGAUCAAUUUGAAUUAAAGAUUGAGAAAUUUGAUUUAAAUAGUGCCAUCAAUUUUUGUGUGGAUUUAAUCAAAGUACAAUGUUACGAAAAGAAACUAAAUCUCAACCUUGAAAUGCCUUCAGAGACAAUAAUAGCCAUCGGAGAUAAAAAUAGAUUCCAGUAAGUAUUGAUCAAUCUAUUAACAAAUGGAAUUAAGUUCACUUCUCAAGGAGGAAUAACAAUUCAAGUAAAGGAGGUCAAGGAGAUCAAAUAACAAUAGCUUGUGCAGAUCAGAAUAAUCGAUAGUGGCAUAGGAAUGAAGGAGGAGUUAAAAGGAAUUCUAAAUAAGAAAGUAUAUCAAGAUUUUAUUUAGUUUCUUUCGGUAGAUGAUGAUCCAAAGAUUUCAAAGGAUUCAGUUGGGAUUGGAUUAGGUUUGAGUGUUUGCUAAUAUAUAAUUAAGGCAAUGGGUCCCUAAGGUUUAAAUAGUUUAUUUUUGGAAUCUAUUAUUGGAGGAGGAUCGUAAUUUUAUUUUUUUUUAAAUUAUGAUGCCAUACAAAAGUAUCAUAAUGAUGAAGAUAUUCCUGAGUCGGAAAAUAAGGAAUUAACUUAGGUUAGAUUGAGUCCAACGAAGAGAAGUUUGCUAAAACGAAAUGCGACUUUUCCUAAUACAGAUUGCAAUUCUAAUGAUAUAUUGAUAGUGGAUGAUGAACAUUUCAAUCUAGAUAUUUUAUCAAAUAUUAUUCGAAAUUUGAAUUCACAUCAUAAGAAGUAUGAAAUUACGAUGGCUUUUAAUGGUUAUUAAGCUUUGGAGAAGAUCUAAUAAAAAAGAAUACAGAAUUGUUGUUGUCUUGGAUUCAGGGCAAUUUUGAUGGACAUAAAUAUGCCAGUUAUGAACGGUUGGGACUGUGUCAAACAAAUCAGAAUAUUCGAAGAUUAAUAUCAAGUUUAGAGGAAAAUUCCAAUUAUAGCCAUCACUGGAUAUGGAGGAAAAAAAGACGAAGAAAAAUGCCUAAAGUAUGGAUUUGAUUGUGUAUCUACAAAACCUACGAAUAAAUAAAAAAUAUUAAAGAUAUUUUAAGAAUAUAAAAUAUGA